CUUGAAUAUAGAUGUAUUCGGUAGAAAAUUCAUUCUAAUGUACACACGUUAAUGCCCAUAGAUAAGACAUCCCUCUGCAUUUUUUACAGCCCGGUUAAAAAGAAGGUUCACAUUUUGUAUUCAACCGCUCAGUAUCAGCUUCUGGCUUCGCACCCAUUGAUUCAAUCUCCUGGAGGUGGAAGCUCUAGUUAAACCCUCUGUAGUUCUGCCCUCUCACAUCACGUCUCAUCCAACUCUCUAAUAAGUUUUCAAUCUCAACCUCAGCUAUAAUAACAAGGUGAAACGCCCAUUGACUCUUGUUCAAUACUCCCACAUUAACCCGCCCCCCCGCCCCUACCCCAAAUUUACCAACCACGACUAAACUCCAAUCAUAAGCUACUCACACGCAAAUCCCUCCACAAUCAGCUCCCCCAUAGUUUGGAUCGCAUGUAUCCCUUGGGUCAUCGUAACACUUCUUCCCUCGGGGGCAUUGGAUGCCAGCAAACCCGCCACAGAACCGAGGUUUAAUGCAGAUGCCAGAAAUAUCGCAAGCCAUACCACAACCGGGCUUGCGCGGGUCGUCGAUGCAGAUGAAGUCCAAGGGGCAGGGCUUGGGAUUUAUGCCAUGGUCGCCGCAAGGCUGGUAUUGUCGCGGCGGGGUACGGUCUGGACUAUACAUCCGUCGGAUCAUCAAAGCAUUGCUUGGGUGGAGGGCACGGAAUGCCACCAAGGCCGCCACAGAACUCAAGAUCGUUGAAGGCUCCCCCGCCCUUAUUUGA